GCGAACCCUGCGAAUGAAUACAGUUUCAAAAUGUGAUGCAAUGGAAUCUUUAACGGUAGGACUUAUUGAAGGCGGUUUGGAAAGAGUCGCUUUCUGUCCAGGACACUAAUACGCAGCACGCUGGUUGUGCACAACCACUGCCUCUCUUUCGGUGAUCUUACGCAUGGUUCGCGGAUUGUGCAUCCUCGUGCGUGUCCACUCUCAGCAGCCCGCUACCCGCGACUGGCCUGAGGAGUAGCGACAUCAUGUUUCGAUGACAAGUGAUCUCGAGAUAAGGAGUGCACAUCGAAGGCGUUACUAAAGACCGGCCAUGGGGACGUUGGUGUCGGCCUUAUUGCCCCCUCACGCGAGGAGGAUAGGGCCAGACGCCGCCGUCCCCCCUAAGCCCCAUCCCCUUCGAGUAGGCCCUGGGAAAUCGGCUCCCGCGAACAAGUGCGCGCAAAGUGACGCGGGCCGUCAAGUCCAACGGUCGUCCGUCACUGACGCAAAUAGUACCGAUUCCGGGAAGGAAUAACAUGCCACCACCUGUUCGCUUGUCGGCGCCACCCUCCCUCUCCCUCUGGACGUCGAAUUUCUACUUUUUGUCACAAAAAUACAUCCGACAGCUUUGAGAGGGGGAGGGGGGUCGGGAGGUCUUGACCUGAUCGAAGCGGAGAGCGUCCACUUACUCUGUCCAGCGGAGCGUUUAGGGGCGUAUCGGGUCGGACCGACUGUUGUUGUACCGAAGAAAUAGCGGCACAGGCAGGUGAACCGUCGAACGGAGGGGCUCAAACAGCGCUCGCGGUGACCUUCGUGUUUUUUGUUUUUACUAUGAGGACAGAUGAUGCUCGCAUCAUCCACCCGGGGACGCAUGGGUCCCGUGCGUUCCGCUCUGCACCUGGCAGUGCUGUUGAACAUAUCCGCCGCACAGGGUCCCUUGCCCUGCCCUGAUCCGGCGGCGGCGGCGGCGGCGGCACCCCCGUGGCACUCGUGGCAGGCGGUGCUGGAUCUGCUGAACGCCGAGGCGCCUACCGCGACCGAGCGUCGAUGCCUGGGUCUGCACGCGAAGUGUGGCGACGUCUGGGAGGGACUGCUCGACCGCCUUCGACAGCCGCCAGCCGCCCCUGACACGACUUCAAACGGCACGUUGGGUGAGCAAGAAGUCUUGGCCUACCCGGUGGCCUUCUUCCCGUUCGGGAGCCUUCCGGUUGAUUCGCGGGGUUAUGGUGCGGAGCGCUGCGACUUGAACGUCAUCCUGCUAGAUCGCGACGACGCUAAGGGCAUCCGCGCUGCUCUCGGCGAGUCCCUCUUCCGCGUCUACUCGCGCUGGCCGCUGUCCCGGUUCGUGCUCGUGCUACCGCGGCCGGCCGCCCCGGCCGCCGUGGACGACGUGUUCCUCGCCGUGUGGACCAUGACUUCGCACCUGAACGUGGUGGUCCUGAGCCGGCCCCUGGAGUGCGCGUUCUGCAACGACGUGCAUGCCUACUGGCCCUUCUACCCACGCUGCAACGACUCGUCCGCCCGGCUGGUGGGCCGGUGGCGGCCCGACACUGGCCUGCGGCUCUGGGGCCAUGGCCUCCUCGGGGUGCAUGGCGUGGAGCAGCAGCGGCGCAGCGCCUUCCCGCUGGAGGCCGGGCCGGCGGGCGCGUGGGCGCUGCGCAGACUGCACCACCUCGGGUGUCCGCUGCGGGUCGGCUUCAUGAAUUUCCCCGGCUACCUCAACUACUCGACGCACGGCGGGGGCUACAACCUAUGGGGUGUCGGCGCUUCCUUACUUCGUGCCUGCGAGCAGCGCCUCAACUUCACCGCAAAGCUCUCGCUGGGCCCGUGGCCAAACCAGUGGAACAAGGGCCUGAAGCAUCAGGUGCGCGAGGGCGCCGUGGACGUGGCGUUGUUCCCAGGGGCGUUCAACGAGUGGUACCUCUCCCAGAACGUGACGGUGCCCGUCUCGUACACCGUGUGGUGCUACACGUGGGCGGUGCCUGCCGCUUUCGGCGUGCAGCCCGCCCUCUUUUGGAGACUGACCGCAGAGUUCACCCCCGAGACGUGGGCCCUGGUGGGAGCGUCCCUCAUCGUGGCCUGGUACGCGGCGGCGCUCCUCAUGGAAUACGAGCCUGCCUUUGACCCCAACCUCGACAAGAGCGGACGGCGCGUGGAAAUAUACCGGACCGCGGUUGCUUUGGUGACGGCCACUCUGGUGGGCCUCCCGGUGCACCACAAGACGCGCGGGGCCGCGGGCCGCGUCUUUCUCAGCUCCUGGGUGUACGUCGGCAUCGUGCUCACCACCGCCUACACCGCGGCGCUGCACAGCCUCGUGGCCGCCCCCGUCGGCGCGCGCCCCGUCAAGUCCGUGCAGGAGCUGGCCGACUCCAACAUCCCCGUGGGCGGAUACGUAUCCCCUCUGGAGCACAUGAGAAACACGGCAACGUUCAUCCCCGCCUACGCCAAGCUUUUCCGGAGAGCGAGAGAAAUCCCUGAGUUUUACCUGGACGACUACCUAGCCAACGCUACCAUGGCCGUGGUCGACAGACGCGACUGGCUCGUCCUGCUCGCGAGAGCGCCGUCAGGCAGGCACCGGGGGCUUCACGUGAUGCAGCACCACUGCAUGUCCACGAUGAACGUGUUCCCCUUCCUGCUGCGCCGCGGCUCGCCGCUCGAGGCCUCCCUGCGCGACACCGUGCUCCUCCUCGAGGAGGUCGGCCUACUCUCGCACUGGAGACAACAGGAGGAGGGCGACUCUAACACGAUGCAGGAGUAUGACUCCCAAAGGCGGGUAAAACCUUUUGGAAUAAGCCAAAUGUCACCUGUUUUCAUCGCCUACGCCAUAUCUAUCGCGGCUGCGGUCUGCGUGCUAAACAUAGAGAUUUACUACGGUUCUUACUUUACAAAAGUGCCUUCGUGAAGGAGCGACUUCUGCAGACCGUAGCAAAAUACGGGUCUACCGUAUACCAAAAAAAGGAAAGAUACAGUAAAUCCGUACUUUUAAACCGUACGAACACUUUUGAUCGUUUUUGAUAUGCCAAUGUACUAGACGUGAACGGCAGUCGGCAGUAGCGUGAACGGGGUGUAUUUAGAUUGCCCGACCUAUUUUUCUGCGACCUGGUAAUUUUUCGAAAAUCCCCAAAAGUGCUGUCCGACCUCGGUUUUGUCCGACCUAUUUUUCUCCGACCUCGUCGAUAUGCUAAAAUUUGGGGAAAAUGUACUUCAAAGAGAAACAGGCUUCAAAGAAAGAAAAAAAAGAGCUACGUCGAGGGACGUAUUGUGAAACCAGAUGAUACAAAUUUAAGGAAAUAUGUCUGUGUCCGAAUUUUCUCUCGUAUAUUGCUGUCAUUUGUUUAUGGCUGUUUGUUACUCGCUAUCUUGCAAUUCAGCGGACUAGCGGCCGAAGGGGACACCACUCGCGUAAUCCUGUGUACAGAUGAGGGUGUAAUCCCUAUGUAAUCCUUAUGUAUUGUCCUAUAUUCUUGUGUAAUACUUGACCAAAUUUUAUGCCAUUAUCACUAAAUUUCACCUUACAGUCUAAAUAUUUAAUGGUUUUAGAGCCAGAAAUUCAACAAAAUUCAUGUGUAAUUCCUCAAAAUUCACGUGUAGUCCCUGUAAUUACGUAAUCUUGUGUACAUCCUAAAUCGAAGUUGUUGCCCCCUCGCUUGCGGCAUGGUAUAGAGAAAGCACAGUAAAACCAACUUUCGACCAUGUACACGCAACACGGAAAAAAAGAAUUUGCCCUCACAACUAACGAUUUAGUUAACAUGGACAUAACAAACAAUUUUAGUUGCAGGAUCAAAGAAUUUGCCAUGGGAAGCAAAAUUCUGCUGUCACAACUAACGCGUCGCUAUGGUAACUCUGUCUCUGUCCGCUCUCAUAGCGCCUGGUAUGUAGGCAACAUCUUGCGUGCAAUGUGUGCGUGUACUGCCGUGUAGCCUACCCCGAGUCUCGCAGGCGCCGAGCCCCCUUAAUUUGCCGAAUGAAGUUGAGAAAAACGGACUAUAGCAAAUGUAGAGAGAUACCCCGCGACCACUGAGACAAAGAGCCGGGAGGCGCGGGAUAGAGCCGAACAGACGAUGGGAGAGACGUCGAGCGGCCUAGAGUCUCCGAGAACGGGGAUAGCAUCGACCUGUUCGAGAGACAGGCAGGAACGGGGACGCAGAGCUACUUUGAACUUCAGUGCUUCAGGAGCAGGUUGUGACAGACAGCUCACAAUAAAACACGUAUUUGGCAAGUAA